AUGAACUUUGAACGAGAAGAAGUGGUGAAGGGACACGAAAUGGAGAAGCCAGGAAAGUUGAAGUGGGCUGCGUUACCCGCGUUUCCGGGCGCCCCGGCCUUCCCCGGCUGCAGUCCCCUGGCGCGCCCGCUUGCGAGGUCUUUUGGCCCAGCCGGCCGCUGUCCCGCUUUCUCCGGCUGCGCGUGCGCGCUGGGGCUGGAAUGCGGACGACGCUGGCGUGUGAGACGCGAGGAGCGCUUGCUGGUCGCCGGACGAUUCCCAUGCGGCCCUUCUGUCCUGGGCGCCAGAGACCAAGAGCGACCACCCAGGCCCAGGUCUUGGAAGCUUUAUCUGCGACGUCCAGUAGGCUGGCCACUAGCUAGGUGUGGCUAUUUAAAUCGACCUAAUAAUGAAGGACUCCAUUCCUCAGUCGCAGUAGCCACAUCUCAAGCUCUCAGUAGCCAGGUGUGGCCUUUUGCUGUUGUGUUGGAUGGCCAGAUGGGGAAUCUUGCAGUCAUCACAAAAAUGUCUGUGGGCCAGGAUGCUGGAGAAGAUUGGCAUGGCCCCUGCUUCUCUGACCCCUCCUCCUGCCAGAUGCCAUUCCAGCCACACCUGGCGCCCCUUCCUCUCCGACCUGCAGGCUUUCCUGUCCUCCUCUUAGUUCCUGGCCUGACUGAAUCAAUAUUUUAUUUUGUAAAUUGCUCAAUAUUAUUACAAUGUAUACGUAUACCACAUUAAAUUGUCCAUCAACUUUUUGGACAUUUGGGUUAUUUCCAGGUUGUAGUUGUUAUGAAUACAGCAACUA